UUUAACUCUGAUUUUGCCUCUCAGGUGCUGCAGAUUGUGUUUGUGUCCACUCCCAGUCUGAUCUACAUGGGUCACGCCAUGCACACUGUCCGCAGAGAGGAGAAGAGGAGGAGCAGAGAGGAAGAAGGGGGAGACGGGGGAGGGAGAGAGGAGGACCCUGGAGGAGGGGAAGAGGGAGGAGGAGAAGAGGAGAAACAGGAGAGGAGAGGAGAGAAGGAUGGAGGGAAGGAGAAAAGAGAAGUUCAGUCAACAGGUCGAGUCCGUCUGAGAGGAGCGCUGCUGCAGACCUACAUCCUCAGCAUACUCAUACGCACCAUCAUGGAGGUGGUGUUUCUGAGUCUCCAGUACUUCCUGUAUGGAGUCUUCCUCAAUCCUCUUUAUGUCUGCAAGGCCUGGCCGUGUCCACAUCCGGUCAACUGUUACGUCUCCAGACCCACAGAGAAAAACGUCUUCAUAGUGUUCAUGAUGGCGGUGUCGGCCGUCUCGCUGGUGCUCAGCGUGCUCGAGCUGCAUCACCUGGCGUGGAGACACUGCUGCAGGUACGGUCUGUGUGUGCGUCAUUAUCAACGUCUGAGUUUAACCCUUUGAAACCUGAGAAAUCUGUCUUUUUUGAA